CCCGACGUAACCUUCAAUGAAACUUCUUAAGGAGCACAUGUCCCCUUUCACCGCUCCCCGUAUUUGCUCUCCUUCUCUAUUCUGGACUGGAUAUAGAAGGGGAAAUACUAGCUCGUAUCCCCUAUUUGCACCAGGGCCUAUCACGCAGGGACCUGCUCAUUUCCCUUCAACUCGAUCCCUCCUGACUGAUCGAAUCGCUUGCCAUCAUGUCGCCUGCUCCAGCAAAGGCGACGACGACGACAACGACGACGACGACGAGCGCCUCAAAUGAGGCGAUGGACGAUGGGGUUACUUUCAAAUACCAAUCUUCUCUUCCACGUCUCCCGAUACCUUGUCUGGAGGACACCGUUCGGAAGUACCUCCGUGCUCUUGAAGGUCUUCAAGAUAAACACGAAUACGAUCGUACAAGGAAGGCUGUGGCAGAGUUUUUGAAGGGAGAGGGACCGAAAGUUCAGCAGAGGCUCCUGGGAUAUGCUAAGGAUAAAGCUAGUUACAUUGAGGAGUUCUGGUAUGACAGUUACCUCCGACACAGUGACCCUGUUGUAUUAGGUCUCAACCCUUUCUUUGUUCUUGAGGAUGAUCCAACACCAUCCCGAGGCUCCCAGCUCCCCCGCGCGGCGUCCCUCAUCGUGAGUGCACUGGGAUUCAUUCACGAUUUGAGGAAUGGCCUCCUUGAACCUGACACGGCCCGAGGAAUCCCUCUGGAUAUGGAUCAGUAUUCUAGGCUUUUCGGCACAUCUAGGAUACCCACUGAGAAUGGAUGUAAGAUGAGUGCAAACUCAACCUCAAAUCACAUCGUCGUCAUCCGUCGCGGUCAAUUCUACUACUUCGACGUCCUCGACUCCGCCUCGCGACCUGUCCUUACCGAACGUGAUAUCCUCCGUAAUCUCCAUGCCAUCGUAACUGACGCAGAUCAAACGCCUCCUUCGGCAGUUGCUACUUCAGCCGUUGGAGUCCUCACAACCGAGAACAGAAAACACUGGGCUCAACUUCGACAGAACUUGCAGCAUUCAUCGAAGCGUAACAAGGAAUGUUUGGGUGUGAUCGAUUAUGCGCUGUUCAUGGUAUGUUUGGAUGAUGCCACGCCGGAGAGUACCGCAGAGCUAUGCAAGAACUUCUUGUGCGGGACGUAUAGACUUGAAGGGGGUGUUCAAACUGGGACGUGUACCAACCGAUGGUACGAUAAGUUGCAGAUCAUCGUUUGCCAGAAUGGAGCGGCUGGGAUCAACUUUGAGCACACGGGAGUUGACGGCCACACGGUGCUCCGCUUCGCAGCGGAUGUCUAUACGGACAACUUGCUUUCGAUGGCUCGAAGCAUUAACCCUUCUGCCCCGACCCUCUUCAAGGUCACCCUCUCUCCGUAUUCCAAAUCCUCCAAAAACUACCAAUCUACCCAGUCUACAUCCAAUGGGUCCAACCCUCAGGUUCGGCAAUUAGUCACCACGCCGCAUAAACUCGAAUGGUCUCUCACUCCUGACGUUCUCAUCGGAAUCCGUUUCGCCGAGACUCGUCUGUCCGACAUGAUCUGUCAAAACGACGCUCAAGCUUUAGAGUUUACGGGUUUUGGAAAGAGAUGGAUCACUAAACGGGGUUUCAGUCCCGAUGCGUUCGUACAGAUGGCUUUCCAAGCUGGUUAUUACGGGCUCUAUGGGCGCAUCGAGUGUACGUAUGAGCCGGCGAUGACAAAGGCAUUCUUGCAUGGACGGACGGAGGCGAUCAGGACGGUGCAACCUGAGAGUGUCAAGUUUACUAAGACAUUCUUCUCAGAUGCGUCCCCAGACGAAAAGAUAAAUGCUUUGCGCGAGGCAUGCGAGAACCAUGUCAGGUUAACGAAGGAGUGCAGCAAGGGUUUGGGCCAGGAUCGUCACCUUUAUGCGCUUUACUGCCUCCUUCAGCGUGAGAUAGAAGGCCAAACACUCAGUGAAGACGGGGAUUCCGAAUCCUCUUCAACAUCUGGCGAGGAGCCACCGAAGAAAUUCCUCCCAGCCAUAUUCACCGAUCCGGGCUGGCAUCUCAUCAAUACGAGCAUUCUUUCCACUUCCAACUGCGGUAACCCCGCACUCCGGCUCUUCGGGUUCGGACCCGUCGCUUCAGACGGUUUUGGAAUCGGUUACAUCAUCAAAGAUGACGCCAUUUCCAUUUGUGCCACGUCCAAGCACCUCCAAACGCGCCGUUUCCUUGAUACCAUCGCUCAGUAUUUGACGGAUGUAUACAAAUUAGUCAAUAUGAUCUAUCGCCAGGCUAACGAGCGGUCAGGCGCAUUUGUGGAUCAUUCAGGGAACUUGAUCGAUGCGCGAACGGGUUCUGCGCUCGUGGUGCCUGUUGAACUGCCAGAGGAAGGUGAAGAUGAUGGGGCUGCCGCCGAGGAAGAGGAAGAAGGCGGGUUGUUGAGUGGAUAUUCGUUCUUCGACAGUGUGAGUAUCGGAGAGGCGUUAACUGGCGAGAGUAGACAUGCUGAUCAUUUCAAUGUUUCGAUAUAGGAGGAGAUCGAGAAAGCCGGUAAACGCCAUCGAAGGAAUCGACCUAUUAGAGUUGGUAGGGUACUUCCCUUGGUGGAGUACUGAGUGAAUCGAUUGAGGUUGUUCCGUCAUGUAACCACCCUGUUAUUCCCUGUGGGGAUGUAUGUAGCCAAUACUUAUUGUGUUAGUGAUGAGUGUAUCAGUGUGCGAAUCGAUUCUUGUUCCCGAACGUG